AUUUAUAGUGCAUAUAAAAACAUAUUUGACUAUAGCAGAAAACCAUUCAAUAUAAAGGUCUGAAGGCAUUUAAAAACAGUUUUUUUCUGCUUCACUCUAGUUCAGUCUGCUCUUGGUUAUUUUAUUUAGCUGAAUUUUUUCUUCUAGAUUUGACUUCUCAGUUCCUUGUACGCCUUCCUUGUUCUUUGCAGCAAAACUCUGCCAGUAUUUAGACACCUCUCUUCCUCUCGGUCCUCACUGGUCUGUGCUUCUUCCUGCUCUGGCUCCCAGUAUUCUCCUUCUUUCUUCUUCUUAUUGUAAAUCUUUGUUUUAUUACUAUUCCAUCAAAAUCUCACCAUCAACUUGCCGCCUACGUUCGUCUUCAUUUAGGUCCAAUCAAUACGCAAACAACUGGCAAUUUAAAAAAAAAAAAAAAAACUAGUUACACAAAAAUACUUUACAAAAAAAAACAAGUCCGUGGACCCAAAAAGAAUUGACACGUAUAUCAGCUCUAUUUGUGGGAAACAAAAAAAUAAUCCUUUCUCUCUCUUAGAAAGUUUUACUGCUCGGCUUAUCGCUCUCUGAGGGACAACUUUCCUGUUUCUGCCCUCCUAUAUUGAUCCUGAUGCGUGUUGACGCGCAGCUGUCAGGUCCUCUCUCCUCCAAUCAGCUGGCCCUCUCGCUCUGUCGUACGAUGCUCUGAUCACGGUGGCUUGUUUUCAUCAUUUCCCAGCUCCAUCCAGCGGCUCUGUGCUCCGCUCCGCGGGUGAAGAAGGAGCAGAGGCAUCCUGGGAAACAACAACGAUAACAUUAAUAAUGGACUGCGCACCGCCAGGCUCUCCCACAUCCCAUCCUUGAUCGACGCUCUUCCCUGCGAAGCGAGGCGCGGACGUUGCGAGGAGGAGCGGCUUUGUCGGAGGACCGACGCAGCCUCUCUCCUCUAAAUAAACGGCGUCACAUGCCGCUGGGAAGCGCUUUAUCGCUUCAGAUGAGAGGAGUUUGGGUGAACGUCGCAUCCCGCAGGAUUUGGAGCAGCGCCGGAGAGCGGCAUGCCCGCAUCACAGGACGUUUUGUAACGCGUCUGUGUCAUUUCCUCUUGAGUCAACCUGGUCAGCCUCACUUUGAAGACUCCUGCAGCCAUGGGUGAGGAAAGCCGCCUCUCUCAUCAGAUCCAGAGCGUGGAGAGGAGCAUGGCGUUCCUCAGGCAGGAGCACCUUACUCUGCUCCACGGCCUCCACCUGGAGAUCCUCUCCCUGCAGAAACGCUGCUCAGAGCUGACGAGUGAGAGGAAAUCGAAUCCUCCAGGCAGGACGCAGAUAGAGUUACUGGAGGAAGAGGAGAUGCUGGAGGCUCGCUGCAAGGAGCUGGAAACGCGUCUGGACGAGCAGGAGUACACUCUGGGAGAGCUCCGGAAGGAGCUGGGUCACAAAGGAGCGUUGGUGGGAGCCCUCAGAGCCAAUCUCAAGGAAAAGGAGCGUCACUUCCUGGAGGAACUGAAACGGCGCAGCCACUGCUCCACCGUCCUGAACACGGAGCUUCAGAAGCAAACGGAGGCGGCGGCAUACCUCUCCUUCCAGCUGCACGCUGCCAAGCAGAAGAUGCAUCACCAGAGGAUGCAGCAGAGGCAGGGACUCCUGGCCAGAGCCAGCAGCCAGGGAGUCCAACUCGGAGCCGAGCAGAACUCCCCCCUCCCAGGAGCCUCCCCGUCCUCUCCUGUGGUCAAACCCAAGCGUAAGAACAUCAGGGUGUCUUCCAGAGUGGAGCGCGCUCGGGAAUGCGUUCCCAUAGAGAAAGUGCUGGGCCCCGCGGAGCCCACAGCCAUGCCGGACCCAGCGCUCUUCCUGCAGCCUCGCAGGCACAGAGCCCGGUCCAGACACACUGUGGCACAAAGACAGCCGCCUCUGGGCCUGGAGAGGGGCGACCAGGAGGAAGGAGGUGGGGAAGGAGUGGUGGAGGUCCACGAUGAAGCAGCCAGACUGAUGUCUUCAGCAGCAGCGCCCCCUGCUGCCCAGACCAACGCAGAUUAGCGUCUGAGCAUAUCUGCUUUUACCGCUGUAUGCUAUCUUCCAUCAGACUGUUAAUACUAUUAACUUUUACUCAGCACCUUGACUGAAUUAUUACUGAGACUGGUUUUAGCUAUUUAAUUACAUUACCCCUACUGCUAGUACUUUUCUAAUAAUCUUUAAUAUAAUCCUAAAAUAACUUGCAUCGCAAACGUCAGUGAGUGUCACGUCUUAGGUUUACACUGCAGUUAGAUGCUCUGCAUACUGUGGAGCCUUAACUUUAAGGCUUUGAUUUGUAAAGACGGUGAGUUUGGCCUGGGCCCAGUCAACUGAGAUCUUCCAAGGCCGACUAUAAAUCAGGCUGCGUGUCCAAGUGUUUGUGUCCUCCGACUGAGUCGCAGCUGAAAAUACCUGAGUGGGAGCAGAGCGGUUGUGUGUUUUAAUCACAAUGAGCAGAAUAUAGCACGUGAAAAAUGACAGUUUAUAAUUAUUUGAGAAAUUGUGAGGCCUUUUUAGCAGACUCUAUUGCACAUUCGGAUAUACAACUCUGUUUCCCCGAAUACCAUUUACUUAAAAUAGUUCAGAAGUAAAAUGUUUAAGCUGAAAAAUGUUAGCAUAUUCUCGCAACAGCACAUUUCAUUUCAGAGGCAAAGGGCAUAUAUCAAAUUUUUGUCAACUUUUUCUUCUCAGGUCUGUUCAGGCUUGUAGCUCAGGAUACCUGUGUUAAAUUUACAAGUCCAAAGUAAAAAAUAAACACAUAACAAAGUCAAAAGUAUUAUUGCAUCAUGCAAUGUCUGGCCAAGAUAAAAGCAGAAAAAGUAACAAUUUCAGGCGUUCAAGUGGAGAUUAAUGUCUAUUUUCUUCCAUAAAGAAGAAAGACAGUUGUUUAAAUAAUGAGCUCGACAGUAAUUGUCUAAAACAUAGCAGAAGUGAAUGGAAACAGCUGAAAGUCUCACUUUUCUCCAAAGAAUCAGCACAUGUUUUACUUCUCUUGUAUCACUACAGUGACAUAAUUGUCAGCAGGCUAGUCUGGAGACUCUUUCUGCUGCUCCUCUCAAAUGUCCGGAGUUUUCUCUCAACAUAAAAACUCGUCUGAGAUUUAAAAGAAUCACUUCAAACUUCUCAGGGGUUGUUCAAAGGGCUGGUGAAAUGCUAACAUUAAAUCUGUCAUUAAUUUGGCUCAGACACUGGGGGGAACAAAAGAACUGCGGUGUCAGGUCAAUUUUUUUGCACCAGCAUAAGAUGGAUAAAAAGUAAAAACCACUGAAUUUCCAAUAUCUCUAUAGUAUUUCUGAAACAUGUCUAUAGUGUGCUAGGCUUGCUUUCGGUAAAUUGAUUGUCUCUUGAGUUUUGCUUCUAGUUUUUCAUCCACGGACAAAUGAUCCUUUGGAGAAAACAAAACUUUAGAAAACUAAAAGAAUCAGAUGUAGUUCCAACAAUGCAAACAUUAACACAUGCAAAAAAUGUACAUUUAAAAUCAGAAAAGCUACUCUUCCAUCUUUAAUAAUAAUUUUUUUGCUAUGGAAAAUACUCCAGUUGUCAAGAUUAAAAGCUGAACUUGUGCCUCAGUGCCUGUCUUGUUGAUCUUCAGGGUUUUUCUUUGGAUUGAAACUUUACAGAACAAGGCCACAUUCAGGUAGCACUCAGCUGUGACUUGUUGGACCAUGAGAUUUGGGUCAGGUUUCCCCUUCGCCAUGUUGCCAUGGUAAUCCAAACUCAGAGGUGCCCACCAAGGUAUGACUAUAGAGGGCCACCGCGAUAAGCUUACUGACUUUAUUUGGUCAGACAGUUUUAUGCAUCACAUAUUUUAUAAAUAUGAAUUUUUAAAAAAAAGGUACUUAUAAGCAUGACGCUGUCAUGCAUGACAUAACAUCUGUCAUAAACAAGGAGUAUUCAUGAAUGUUUGUGAAUGUUGUCAUUUGGUAAAUAAUGUCACUUUUAAUGCAAAGUAUUUUAGUGAACUUUUAAUGCAAAU